AUGGAUAAGAUUUUAAGUUAUACAGAACAUAUCCCCGCUGGGUAUGUGACAAGAGCACGUCAUUUAACAGAGACUCUCCAACUCUCUGUGGCUGUUCCAACUACAAUUACAGAACCAUAUGCAAGUAUCACCUCGGUGAUUUCCUCUGCUGCAGCUUACCAAUCGUCUGUGUAUAAUGCAUUGAGCGCAGCAUCGAAUCUUGCAUCUUCAACUAGUCUCUUCAACGAAGUUGUUGCAGCACAGGCAACCAUCAAUUACUAUGAAAUCCUCAGAGAGGCCGUCACGGAAACCAAUGCAGCCUCGAGAGCAAGUCUCAUGACGAGGGCAGCCGAGGCGUCGGAAGUCAUGUUCAAGGUUGUCAAUGAGUAUCCCUUCUACGGUGGUAACUUCCCCUCAUUGGGGGGUAAUAUUGCUUUGUUGGUGGUGUUUGCCGUUUUUUUAAGCAUGCAAGUAUUUUCUGGUAUCUUUUUCCAUCAAUAUUGGUUUUUGGUUUGUUGGACUGCAGGUUUAAUCUUGGAAGUCAUUGGUUAUGCCGGUCGGAUCUGGUCUAGUCAAAAUAUUACAAACUUAUCGGCGUAUAUUAUGCAAUCCGUCUGUAUUACAGUGGCUCCCUGUUUCUUAAUGGCUGGUAUAUACUAUAUCAUUGCCCAAAUUACAUUGAUUUACGGUGAAGAAUAUUCCCUUAUGAAACCAAUGAGAUAUUCCCAGAUUUUCAUUGUCUGUGAUAUCAUCUCCAUCUUUACCCAAGGUGCCGGAGGUGGUAUGGCAUCUGUCCAAUCUUUACAAGACACUGGAAGGUAUAUAAUGAUUGGAGGAUUGGCCUUCCAAGUUCUUACUAUGUUGAUUUUCCAAUUUCUGUGGUACCAUCUCCUAUUUAACAUUUACAAGGCAUACAAGGAAUCGGGGGAAAACGUCUUCAAUCCUGAAUUUGACUUUGUGAGAAGGAGAAAACUGCAUAUCCCAUUCAUCAUUGGUGUCUCAUUUGUGGUUUUGCUAAUUUUCAUUAGGUCUGUCUACAGACUUGCAGAAAUUUCAGAAGGUUGGUCCUCAAAGGCAACAACAGACGAAAUUUACUUUAUGAUUCUCGAAGGUCUCAUGGUAUCUCUUGCCUCGUGUGUUAUCUCCGUUUUGUCGCCAGGUUUGGCCUAUGGCCGUGGAGCUCAUUUGCAAAUGACUCGCCGUAAGAAAAAUGAGGAGGAAUUUGAUAUGGACGACAGUUUCCGGAAAAGAGAUGAAUUGUAA